AUGGAUGUCCCAGAGGCUACCGUUUACCCUGUUUUGAAGGGGAAGGUGGCGAUCGUGACCGGUGGCGCACGGGGCAUGGGAAAAGCUACCGCCUCAGUAUUCCUACGAGCUGGUGCUCAAGUGGUUAUUGCCGAUGUGAGAGAAGUUGAAGGUCAAGCGACAGAGAAGGAACUAUCCCAGUUUGGAGAAAUCGUUUUUGUUCGAUGCGACAUUUCCAAAUCAGAGGAUGUUCAGAAUCUUAUCGCGGUAACAAUAGAGAAGUUCGGUAAGCUUGAUGUAGCUGUCAACAACGCCGCUCUCACCCCGGACAGAACACAACUUAUCGACUUCGACGAAACCUACUGGAAUACUCUCGUAGGCGUUAACCUGACCGGUACUGCAUUAUGUUGCAAGUGGGAAAUGCAACAAAUGUUGAAGCAGGGUACAAAAGGCUCCAUUGUCAACAUUGCAUCCAUCAAUGCCUUUAGACCACAAGUAAACAUGCCUGCAUAUACGGCAACAAAGCAUGCUCUUAUUGGUUUGACGAAGCAUGCCUCUAUGGAGGGGGGGCCGAAGGGUAUCAGAGUGAACGCUGUUGCGCCAGGUGCUAUCUUUAGUGAUAUGUCGGCCACGGCUUUAGAAAUUAUGGGGACUACCAUGGAAGAGCUUGCUCCAACGGUCAGCAUCUUAAAUCGAUUCGGAAUGGCCCACGAGGUUGCACAGGCCUCCCUGUGGCUCUCAUCAGACAACUCAUCAUAUGUCACUGGUAUUUGUUUGCCCGUGGACGGAGGCUUUUUGGCGAUGUAG